AUGAGCAGACAGCUACGCAGUGGGCGCAGCUACAACGCCUCAAAGGAACCCCAGGUUCCUAAACGCAAGAUGCGGCAACGCAAGGCCGCUGGGGCAAAGGCCAAUGCCAAUGAACAGGCAUUGGAGACAAACAGUAAGCAAUUGAUAGUACCCAGAGAAAGGGAACAGCUUACGUUCAGGAUGGCUCCUGGGGAAAGAAACCCCAGAGAGAGCAUACACAUAGUAGGCACCGGGAAGCGCCAAGGAGUGGCACUCAUUGGGAACAACGCGGUCAAGCUAGCCCUGUCUGCCUACGCGGCCCUAACAAAUAGGGCCCCACCCAUCCAGAGGGUGCUGAGCUGGCCGACACCAGCAAUCAAGACCCGCAUGAUAGCGGAUGCCCCCAAGGAAGGGGAAGCAGCGGUUCCUAGGAACGCUGAGGCAGCCGUCAGAGUCCUGGGAGAGCAAGAACUUACUCCUGGAGGAACCAACAGAGCGCUGGCUGCCAUUAGAGCGCCAGAGACACCCUCAACAACAAUGAGGAGGAAGGACACGUCCUUGGACAACAAUGUUAAUGAGUCUAAGUCAAUGGCUAAUUAUGAGGGACUUACCUGGGAUGAGGAGGUCCAACGUGUCAACGGCAAAGACCCGGGUGGUCCAAACACCAGCCUCCUGGACAUUAGCAAAUGGGUGAAUCCCAACUGGCCACGGUUGGACUACAUUCCCAAAAGCAAUGAGCAGAGUGCUGGGACCAAUGGAGAGAGCAUACAGGUCAAUGCACUCAUCUUUGAGGUUGAUGAGAACUAUGUAUACAACAACAACAAGUGUUAA